GUUCCUUUGUUCUUACACUUGGCCUGCAUCCAAAUCUACUAAUCUUGAAAACAAGUAUGCUGAAUAUGGUUGUAGGUUUAGACCUUUGCCAUGAAGAUUCAAACACUAUGGCUUCCCAAAGCUGAAAAACGCUUCAUGUAACAACUCUAGCAAUGCUUCUGGAUUAUAUCAAAGAGUUGCAUCUUUGUACUGUACAAAAUGUUAAAAUCAGAGCACUUUUGAUAAUGUGACCAUCAUGUGAAGAAGGGGGACCUUUUGGAUCUGCAUGAUCCAAAAAAAGUCACAGGUUUUUCUGCAGGAAUCUACAAACUUAGGCUUUUGAUAACCUUAAGCGAAGAUAAGUAGCAAAAUGCCUCCAAGACCAUCAUCUGGUGAACUGUGGGGCAUCCACUUGAUGCCCCCUAGAAUCCUAGUGGAAUGUCUUCUACCUAACGGUAUGAUAGUGACUUUAGAAUGCCUCCGUGAGGCCACAUUGUUAAAUAUUAAACAUGAACUUUUUAAAGAAGCUAGAAAAUACCCUCUCUACCAGCUCCUUCAAGACGAGUCAUCUUACAUUUUCGUAAGUGUUACCCAGGAAGCAGAAAGAGAAGAAUUUUUCGAUGAAACUCGGAGAUUAUGUGACCUGCGGCUCUUCCAGCCUUUUCUAAAAGUCAUAGAACCAGUAGGCAACAGAGAAGAGAAAAUUCUGAAUCGUGAAAUUGGUUUUGCUAUUGGCAUGCCUGUCUGUGAAUUUGACUUGGUUAAAGAUCCGGAAGUUCAGGAAUUCAGAAGAAACAUUCUGAAUGUCUGUAAAGAAGCUGUCGAUCUUCGAGAUGCUAACGCACCCCAUAGCAGAGCGCUAUAUGUCUGUCCCCCCAACAUAGAAUCAUCGCCUGAAUUGCCCAAGCAUAUAUACAAUAAAUUAGAUAAAGGGCAAAUAAUAGUGGUCAUCUGGGUAAUAGUUUCUCCCAAUAAUGACAAGCAGAAAUACACUUUAAAAAUCAAUCAUGACUAUGUGCCAGAGCAAGUAAUCGCCGAAGCAAUCAGGAAAAAAACACGGAGUAUGCUACUGUCAUCGGAGCAGCUAAAGCUAUGCGUUUUGGAGUAUCAGGGAAAGUAUAUAUUAAAAGUGUGUGGUUGUGAUGAAUACUUGCUAGAAAAACAUCCCCUGAGUCAGUAUAAGUACAUCCGAAGUUGUAUCAUGCUUGGUCGAAUGCCCAACCUCAUGCUGAUGGCUAAGGAAAGCCUUUACACCCAGCUGCCAUUGGAUACCUUCACAAUGCCAUCUUAUUCCAGGCGUAUCUCUACGGCUACACCAUACAUGAAUGGUGAAGCUUCAGCCAAAUCUCUCUGGGUUAUUAACAGUAAUCUCAGAAUAAGAAUUCUCUGUGCCACCUAUGUAAAUGUAAAUAUUCGAGAUAUUGACAAGAUCUAUGUCCGAACUGGUAUCUACCAUGGAGGAGAACCAUUGUGUGAUAAUGUGAAUACACAAAGAGUACCUUGUUCCAAUCCUAGAUGGAACGAAUGGCUGCAGUAUGAGAUGCAUAUUCUUGAUCUUCCACGUGCUGCCCGACUUUGCCUUUCUAUCUGCUCAGUUAAAGGUAGAAAAGGUGCCAAGGAGGAGCACUGCCCAUUGGCGUGGGGGAAUAUUAACAUGUUUGAUUAUACAGACACUCUUGUUUCUGGCAAAAUGGCUCUGAAUCUGUGGCCCGUACCUCAUGGUCUGGAAGACCUCCUAAAUCCUAUUGGAGUUACUGGAUCAAACCCAAAUAAGGAAACUCCAUGUUUAGAGCUGGAAUUUGAUUGGUUUAGCAGUCCCGUAAAGUUUCCUGACAUGUCAGUGAUUGAAGAACAUGCCAAUUGGACUAUCUCUCGAGAACUAGGGUAUAAUUACAGUCCUGCUGGGCAGAGCAGUAGAAUAGCUAGAGACAAUGAACUGAGUGAAAGUGACAAAGAGCAGCUCCGUGCAAUUUGCACUCGAGAUCCCCUGUCUGAAAUAACUGAACAAGAGAAGGACUUCCUUUGGAGGCACAGGCAUUAUUGUGUAAAUAUGCCAGAAAUUCUACCUAAGCUGCUUUUGUCUGUUAAGUGGAACUCUAGAGAUGAAGUAGCCCAGAUGUACUGCUUGAUCAAAGACUGGCCUCCCAUCAAACCUGAGCAGGCGAUGGAACUCUUGGACUGCAACUACCCCGAUCGGAUGGUGCGUGCUUUUGCAGUGCGGUGUCUGGAAAAAUACUUGACAGAUGACAAGCUGUCCCAGUAUUUGAUUCAACUGGUGCAGGUUCUAAAAUAUGAGCAGUACUUGGAUAAUCUGUUAGUGAGGUUUUUACUGAAGAAGGCGCUGACCAAUCAGAGAAUAGGACACUUCUUCUUUUGGCAUCUAAAGUCCGAAAUGCACAAUAAAAACGUGAGCCAGAGGUUUGGUCUGCUUUUGGAAUCCUACUGCAGAGCAUGUGGGAUGUACCUAAAGCAUCUGAGCAGGCAGGUAGAAGCUAUGGAAAAACUGAUUAACCUCACAGACAUCCUCAAACAAGAGAAAAAGGAUGAAACGCAAAAGGUACAGAUGAAGUUCCUUGUGGAGCAAAUGAGGCGGCCAGACUUCAUGGAUGCGUUGCAAGGCUUUAUAUCUCCUCUCAAUCCUGCUCAUCAGCUUGGAACCCUUAGGCUUGAGGAGUGCAGAAUUAUGUCAUCUGCGAAAAGGCCAUUGUGGCUCAAUUGGGAAAACCCAGAUAUUAUGUCUGAGUUGCUGUUUCAAAACAAUGAGAUCAUCUUUAAAAAUGGGGAUGAUCUACGCCAGGAUAUGCUCACACUUCAAAUCAUACGAAUUAUGGAAAAUAUCUGGCAAAAUCAAGGUCUUGAUCUUAGGAUGCUCCCUUAUGGUUGUUUAUCUAUUGGUGACUGUGUGGGACUCAUUGAAGUUGUGAGAAAUUCGCACACAAUCAUGCAAAUUCAGUGCAAGGGUGGCCUUAAAGGUGCGCUGCAGUUCAACAGUCAUGCGCUACAUCAGUGGCUCAAAGACAAGAACAAAGGGGAAAUGUAUGAUGCAGCUAUUGAUUUGUUUACACGCUCUUGUGCUGGCUAUUGCGUGGCGACCUUCAUUCUGGGAAUUGGUGAUCGUCACAAUAGCAAUAUCAUGGUGAAAGAUGAUGGGCAGCUGUUCCACAUUGAUUUUGGACAUUUCUUGGAUCACAAGAAGAAGAAGUUUGGAUACAAACGUGAGCGGGUGCCCUUCGUCUUAACGCAAGAUUUCUUGAUAGUGAUUAGUAAAGGAGCCCAAGAAUGUACCAAAACGAAAGAAUUUGAAAGGUUUCAAGAAAUGUGUUACAAGGCUUACUUAGCCAUCCGGCAGCACGCCAACCUCUUCAUAAACCUCUUCUCCAUGAUGCUUGGUUCAGGAAUGCCAGAGCUGCAGUCUUUUGACGACAUUGCAUACAUUCGGAAGACACUGGCAUUGGACAAAACCGAGCAGGAAGCACUUGAGUAUUUCAUGAAGCAGAUGAAUGAUGCUCAUCAUGGCGGCUGGACAACAAAAAUGGACUGGAUCUUCCAUACAAUCAAGCAGCACGCUUUGAACUGAGACUUUGGUCAAGAGUGAACUGAGACCGUGGUCAAGAAGAUGGCCAACCGCCUGCCCCGUUUUGUGGGCAUUCCACUGCACUGUUGACGAUUGGCAGUAAGGACUUCUUUGCGUCAUAAUUGCACAAACCACAAGCAGCGUUUGAACUUGCAGCAAGAUUAAACACUCAGAAACUUAUUUAAAUGUGUAAAGCAGGGUUUCGGAACAUGCAUUUCAAAAAAUAACUUUCCUACGUGUACAGUCAUGUUAUGCCUUAAAUCCAGAAAGGUAAACUUUGGAGAUUUGUUUAUCUCGGUUUUGUUUAAUGAGGGGAAAGCUGUGCCAGCAUUAAAAAGCAGUCUUUCAGAUGUUCCAGUUGGCCUGGUGAGAUUCAAACUCAUGUGGGCAGCAAAAAAGCUUAAAAGGAAAAAAGCAGUGCAGUUAAUUGCUUUCUGGAGGAGUUUUCCUCUCCUGUGAGCUCAAUUCAAUAAGUUUGGAGAGAUGGUGCCUUUCAUAUUAAAUCAGACUAUAAUUGGUGAAUUGAGAAGUAGCGAUCUGGUCUUAUUUUUGACUGACCACCUGCGGUUCACGCAAGUCCUUAGGAAUAGGUCUUAAGAUUCUGCUGGACAGUAUUAGUAAGGUUAUAAAAAUGAUGUCCCCCUCCCCCACUGCCUCAAAAGUCUGGUUAAUGGGGGACGGCUGGGAUUAGUGCAACACUUUGGAUUUGAUUUGAUUUUUUAACUUUAAACUUCAAUACACUUUUUUCAUGCAUGUUUUCCAGAGCCUAAAAAAAAAGAGAAAAAAGAGGUGAGUUAUUAGGAUUAAAGAUUAUUUUUAUAAAGGUUAUUUAUAUAACAGAUACUUAUUAAUAUAUUUCUUUACAUUGAUUUGUCCAGUUUUCUGUCCUUUAAUUCUUCAGACCACUUCUCUCUUAACAGCCUGAUCACAUGAGCCACUGAGUCAGCGCAGUGACCUGGGGGUAUGUUGGGGGUACGCCCAACAUACCAUGACCAGGGGGUAUGCCCUGGGUCCGAGGGGUAUGUUGUCCACUUAUGUGGAGACCUGACCCUUAAUGUCACUGCAGAUGGCAGGUGCCCCACAAUCCCUGCAUGCUGCAUUUCCCCGCACCAAGAGGCUUGCUUGCCUCUGACAAGGAAGAAGUUUAGGGGCUAUUCAGUGGUGAGGUGGGCAGAGCCUUACUUUCCACAUGUUAAGAUGCCACUUUAGUUGCCAGAGCGCAAAGGUUGGUUCCUGCUGCUCCAGCUGAAGCGGCAUCUUAGGGGUCAGGCCACUGGCUGCUGUCCUAAUUCAUUUGCCCGGAAGAAGGUCCUGUGGAAGUUGUUGGGGUUCAAUUUCAAGGAAAGGCAAGUCAAAAUCAGGGUGCGGACUCUGUUAUCUAUAGUAAGGGUUCUUCGGUAUUGGUGGUGAGCUUGUCCAAGUCAAGCCGGAAGCGAAUUUGUAGGACAAAGCAAAGAUUGACUUGGGAGGAGAUCAGUGGCAAUCCUCAGCAAGGGACCAGAAAGAACAGUGGGGAAUGCAAAGAAGUUAGAGCGGGUCAACCUUGGGGGGUGGGGGGAGGUAACUAGGAACACAAAACUCUCUGGCAAAAAGGAAAGCUAUCUUUGGAUGGCGUCCAGUCCUGUCAGCUGACGCAGCUGGUGGGAAGAUGCAUAGUGUGUUGGAUAAAUUGGUUACAGGGGUAUGAGGAGGGAAAAGUAGUUGUGUACUCUACUACCUGGCCCGACGGUCACACACAUACCAAAAACUAAAGUAGGCUAUUGGAGAGUUUGUGCUUCCGCUGGUAACACUGCACACCUUCCCCGGAAGCCUGCGUAACAUUCUAAACACUACUACUUCCUGUAUCAACUGUUGUGUUUAGGGUGGAAUAAGGUUCUGCAGGUCUUCCUUUAAAUAAUCUCAGGCAAUACUCCGUAAUCAAAAUUCUGGGUAUUUUGUUAAUUCUCAGCUUUGGAGUCUACCUUUUGUCUCAGCCUUCUUCCUUGGACUGUUAGUGAUUUGCUUAAUCACGGUAACCAACAAAUUAGAUGGUAACUGUACGUUCAAUUUGAUCACUAAAAUAGACCUUUGUACUGCAAAAUACACAGCUAUCCCUAGCAUGCAGAGCUAAUCAGCCGAUGUUUUAUAGUUGUGUGUGUGUGUGUGUGCGCGUGUGAGUGUGUGUACAUAUAUAUCUGUAUAUCUUGUCUUUUAUAACAUAAAGCUGAUAAAAAUUGGCACCAGUCAGAUUGCAAACUGAACAGAACUGCUAGUAGAACUUAUUGAAAGAAAAUUUAUAGCACUGGCUCUUUCAGGCCCCGUACAGAGUACCCUUUUCCCCACACCAAAUUCUGUAGUCUUACUUGGCUCGUGGGAUUUGGAAGAUGUUCUAGAUGGCUGGAUAAUAGCGUGCCCUUGCCUUUUCUGUUCCACAUGUCUCUGUGUCGUUCAGAGUGCAAUGCCAGUUUGAGUAUAAUGUGCUGACGUUGGGUAUUAGACUUUUGGUAUUAUAAAUAAACUCAUGUAGACUGUAAA